AAUGAAAGUAAAGUGAGUUAACUUGAAAAAUUUGUAUCAAGAAACCACAAAUGCAAUUGCAAAUAAUUGCACCAAUGUGAUGCUCUAAGAGUUGAAGGACUGAUCGUGCAAUUUCCUUUUUAAGCGCCCAAAUGAAAUUGAUCAAACCAACCGGAGCAGAAGAAGAACGCGACGUACGGCUCUGCAUGCCUCACCGCCUUGCUUGUGCAGUCCUGCUAUGCUGACCGGCCUACCAGCGCAGUACCACUCGUAACCACAAGAUUGGAUCAGCCAAAUCUCGAUCGUUCUUCCUCUCUGGCGACGGAGGCGGACGGCGACGGCUUGCAGCUCGUACCGAUGGCCCCUUCCGCCAUUAAUUCCUCGCCCACUGAAAGAUCCAAGCUUUUCCCCCCAACCAACCAGGCCCAUGUGCAUGAAUGCCACUGCGUGGUCGUGGUCAUUCACUCCAUCUCCACCAGUCCCACCAUUCCAAUCGUAAUUUCUUAUUAGUUAUCUGCAAUUCUUCUUCAUAUUAAAUUGGUCGCAACUGCAAUCUACCAUUCAUGUCCUUUCCAUUCUGAGUUCGUUGUGGUGGUAGGUGUUGGGAAUUUACGUUGCAGUUCAUGCUAAUGGACGAUUGAUUUUUUUAAUUGAGUAGAUGAAUUCCCCGUUGAUCUAAAGGGGAAGUUAAAAAAAACUACAAGAACUUCAAGGGGAAACAAAAGGAUGUGGUUACUGGUUGCUUGCACUACUACUUGCUACAUCUACUGCAAUACCAAUUGGCAGCGAAAGGUCUGUCCUUUUUGGUGGGUUUUUACCGCUCAAAUGAAUCAUUAACAUGCGCUUAACCUGUUUGAAUUAUUGCCUGACAGUAAGGAAAUGAUCCUCCAAUUUGGUUUUCCUGUACUUCACCGUGCUUUCGUUUUCUCCGGUGUUGUCUGCAGCCGAUUUGUACCCUUUCUAUCUUUGUAGAAAGUAGAUACAUGCCUGGUAUGUUUCGUUUGACCAAUGCCUGAAUUGCUUGUUAUAAAAUUGAUCAAGCUAGCUCUUCCGUCCACAAACUUGGGAUUCUUGGAAGAACAAGAAGAAGAGUCCUAGUUGCUCUUUGGUUCUCCUUUUGGCUCCUGAAAGAUCAUUAUAUUAUUAUCAAUGGGAUUGAGGUAAGUUUGUAGCUUUCAUGUCAACUUGGCCUCUCCACGUUUAUGACGUGUGUAGUGAAGAUUGAUGGGCGGGCAGGUGUGGGUGCGACUUGAGUGCUUUCACCCGCCUUUCAAAUGCCAUGAUGCCAAUGGGCUAAUAACUACCCUUUCCUUGUCUGAUGUGUUUAUGACUGAUCAGCAUCUCCUUCUGCUCUCUGCUUCUAUUACCAUCACAAUCUUUAUCUCGCAAACUGAAAGAGACUGAUGACAAUUGAUCAGUUCUUCGAGCUGGCUACCUUCAUGUAAUAGUAGUAUAUGCACUGUGAUCAUCAGUUCCUCCCUUCCAACAUCCACAUUACAGUCUCUAUAUAUUCUUGCUGACUUGCUGUUAUUAUGAUAAGACAAAGUGGGGAAUAUUAACGUGGGGAGCUUGUUCCACAUCUAAGAAAGGCUGAUACUCUACUACUAAGGAAGAAAAAGGAUGGCAGCAGCAGCAGAAGAAGAGUAUACAGUGCCACUGUUGAAGAAGCAGUACUAUGAGAAUUGUCCCGGUUGUAAGGUUGAUGAACAGAAAGAGUUGAAGAGAGGAUUGCCCAUCCGAGAGUUCCUUUCAAUUUGGACUGUUGUUCUUUGCACAGCUCUCCCGAUCUCAUCUCUCUUUCCCUAUCUCUAUUUUAUGAUUAGGGACUUCAACAUUGCAGAAAAAGAAGAAGACAUAGGUUACUAUGCUGGUUAUGUUGGAUCCUCAUUUAUGUUCGGUAGAGCUUUGACUUCUGUUUUCUGGGGAUUGGUGGCCGAUCGCUAUGGUCGAAAGCCUGUUAUACUCUUGGGGACUUCAUCAGUGGUUAUCUUUAACACUAUCUUCGGGCUCAGUGUAAACUUCUGGAUGGCUGUUAUCACAAGAUUCCUACUUGGGUGCUUGAAUGGUUUACUUGGUCCAAUAAAGGCAUAUGCAUCUGAAUUGUUCAGAGCUGAACAUCAAGCCUUGGGUUUGUCAACGAUCAGCACAGCAUGGGGUAUAGGAUUGAUUAUUGGUCCAGCUCUAGGAGGUUUCCUGGCCCAGCCAGCUGAGAAAUAUCCAACUGUAGUUUCCAAGGAUUCUUUAUUUGGGAGAUUUCCCUACUUUUUGCCUUCUCUGGCUAUAUCAGUUUUUGCUGUUGGAGUAACGAUUGCUUCUUUCUGGCUCCCGGAAACAUUGCAUAACCAUAAGAAAAACAGGGCAGCACGUGACGACUCUUAUGAUGCUUUGGAGACUGCAUCUGGCGAAGGUGGGUCUAAGGAAUAUGAUGGAAACACUGUAGCGAUUAUCGAACAGAAGAAGCAACCAGCAAACCUCCUUAGAAAUUGGCCUCUGAUGUCAUCUAUCAUGGUCUACUGCAUCUUCUCUCUUCAUGAUAUGGCUUAUACAGAGAUAUUUUCAUUGUGGGCAGUGAGCCCCAGAAAGCUCGGCGGACUUGGAUACUCGACGCAGAAUGUUGGUGAAGUUCUGGCAGUGUCAGGCUUCGGACUGCUUGUGUUCCAACUUGCUCUAUAUCCAUAUGCGGAGAGGCUUCUCGGACCAGUAAUGGUGAGCCGCAUUGCUGGGGUAUUAUCCAUUCCAUUGUUGGCAAGUUACCCUUUUUUGUCGAAGUUGUCGGGCUUCAGUCUGAUGGUCCUGUUAAACUGCGCAUCUGUAUUGAAGAAUCUCCUAUCCGUAUCAAUUAUCACCGGCUUGUUCAUGCUACAAAACAAUGCAGUGGAGCAGCACCAGAGAGGAGCGGCGAAUGGGAUAGCAAUGACAGCGAUGUCUCUGUUCAAGGCAGCUGGUCCUGCUGGUGGGGGUUCUCUGUUUUCUUGGGGUGAAACGCGUCAGGAUGCGGCCUUCCUUCCAGGUAACCAAAUGGUGUUCUUCGUGCUGAACGUGGUGGAGGCAAUUGGGGUGUUGUUCACUUUCAAGCCUUUCCUCGCCCAGCCCCGAGCUGCAGAGUGCAAUCAAGCGGAGAAAGCGACAGAGUUCGAUAGCAAAUUAACUGCAAGGGCCCGGGUUCAACCAACCAAAUCAAAUCAGAUAACGAAAUGUUUGGACGUGGAAUCAUUCAAGAGGGUUUCUCAAGAUCAACGCUCUGUAUUCAGCAACUGCAGAAAUGGCGGAAAACAAAGCCUGUAAAUCCUUGCAUAUACACGUCGUGGACUCCCACUUAGAAAAUCACAAUCACACUGGUAUCUUCUUAUCUCCAAACACUACAUGAUUGUUUUCAGCAAGUAUCACGUGGUUGGCAGCGGCGGAUGUAGAACAUUGUAGAGCACUAGGUCGCAUUUCAUUAGAAAGUUUGAUAUCGUAAAAGAAAAAUAUAAUAACCAUAGUUUUGAUUUUACAAUGUCAACGGUACACGAUGGUCUUUUAAUUAGAAAAUUUAACAAUAAUGAAGUCUUCAUCCCUACCAAUAGCAUACUCUCUUUCAAAUAUGAUAGUUAAGCAAUCAUCAAUGAGAAAUUCAUCGCUCAUUUUGUUGCGCAAAUAAGUUUCCACGUGUUUCAUCGUUGAAAAGGUUCUCUCCAUAGUAAUCGUUGAAACGGACAACGUCAACAGUUGAUGAAUCAACCGGACUAAUCAAUUUGUAUUGUGUGUCAAUCCCUAUUUCCACCAGCUUCUCUAGAAGUUUUGCAAUGAAACAAACCUCAUAUUUGAUUUAGUCUUUUGGAGUAGUUGGAAGAAGAAGACACGAAGAGUCCUAGUUGCUCUUUGGUUCUCCUUUUCGCUGCUGGCUCCUGAAAGCGUCAUUAUAUUAUUAUCAUUGUGCUUGAGGAAGUUUGUAGUGAUGAUUGAUGGGCAGGGAGCUGUGGGGCUCGACUUGACUGCUUUGACCCGCCUUCUGCUCCUUGCUUCUAUUGCCAUCACAAUCUUUAUCACGACAGCAAACUGAAAGAGACUGAUAACAAUUGACCAGUUCAUCUAGCUGGCUACCUUCAUCUAUCUAAUAGUAAUAUAUACAAUGUGAUCAUCAGUUUCCAGCAUCCACAUUACAGUCUCUCUAUAUAUUCUUGCUGACUUGCUGUUAUUAUGAUAAGACAAAGUGGGGAGCUUGUUCCACAUCUGAGAGUGGCUGAUAUUCACUACUACUAAGGAAGAAAAAGGAUGGCAGCAGCAGCAGCAGCAGCAGCAGCAGAUGAAGAAGAGUAUGCAGUUUCCACGUGUUUCAUUGUUGAAAAGGUUCUCUCCCUAGUAGUCGUUGAAACGGGCAACGCGUCAUCAACCAACUAAUCAAUUUGUAUUGUGUGUCAAUCCCUAUUUCCACCAGCUAACAAACCUCAUAUCUCAUUUAGUCUUUUGGAGUACUUGGAAGAAGAAGACAGAGGAGUCCUAGUUGCUCUUUGGUUCUCCUUUUCGCUGCUGGCUCCUGAUAGCGUCAUUUAUAUUAUUAUCAUUGGGCUUGAGGUAGGUUUGUAGUGAUGAUUGAUGGGUGGGGAGCUGUGGGUACGACUUGAAUGCUUUCACCCGCCUUCUUCUCCCUGCUUCUAUUGCCAUCACAAUCUUUAUCACGAUGACAAACUGAAAGGGACUGAUAACAACUGAUCAGUUCUUCUAGCUGGCUACCUUCAUCUAAUAGUAGUAUAUACACUGUGAAUCUGUGAUCCUCAGUUCCUCGCUUCCAACAUCCACAUUACAGUCUCUCUAUAUAUUCUUGCUGACUUGCUGUUAUUAUGAUAAGACAAAGUGGGGAGCUUUGUUCCACAUCUGAGAGAGGCUGAUAUUCUCUACUACGAAGGAAGAAAAAGGGAUGGAAGCAGCAGCAGCAGAAGAAGAGUAUACAGUGCCACUGUUGAAGCAGUACUAUGAGAAUUGUCCCGGUUGCAAGGUUGAUGAACAGAAAGAGUUGAAGAGAGGAUUGCCCAUCCGAGAGUUCCUUUCAAUUUGGUCUGUUGUUCUUUGCACAGGUUCGGUAGGCACUUGGUUUUAGUUCCUAGUCAAUGUUUUCAUUUGUUUUGUUUUGUUGGUAGCAUAAACGUCAGAGACUCUUCUUGGUUUACAGAGCUGCUCUGAACUUUUCUUGGUUCACAUGUACAUGUACUGAUAUGUUCUCUUUUCUCUGCAGCUCUCCCAAUCUCAUCUCUCUUUCCCUAUCUCUAUUUUAUGGUAAGCAUACUGAGUAUGUAUGUAACAUUGGCUUCGAAUAAAAAAUGUUAAUAUGC